AUGAGGAGACACGUCUUGCUUCUCAUGCACAGUCGCCAGAACGCGGACAUUGUCGUAUUUCAGUUGAAAAUCUGGGACCCGCGACAACUACGGAGAAGCCAGAGAGGAAACGCCGGGCCUGUCAUACCCACUCGAUGGCUCUGCUGCUCCAUACCGGCUUUCCAAAAGAAACAUCUGAGGCGGACUGCGGACCUGGACAGGUUUUCUCUUUCCCCGGUUUGGGAUAAAAUUCACACCGACCCAUGCUCCGGGGACACAGAUCUCUGGCUGACUUGCGCAGCUUCCCCCUGCUGGAGACCGUGCCCGACUUCAUUCUUGCUGUUCCAGCUCGAAUUUUUCUUCGUCUUGCUUGAAAAGUCUCAGCUCGGACCAGCGCAUUUAUUUCGCGAGCUUUGGCCUUACACAUUCGAACAAUUCAGUCCUGUCUGGGGCACUAAUGACCAGCAGUCGGUCGAGGACCAGAAAUGGUGA